GCUUCAAUAUCUGUUCUGACAGCCGCCAUGCUGGCCGUGACCCUGGCCGAUGGAGGUCACGGUUACCAUGGUUACCAGACCGAGCACGUCGGCUACCAGAAGGUGCGCACCGUGGUCAAACACCACCCGUACCCGGUGGUGAAACGCGUGCCCUACGAGGUCGUCAAGCCGGUGCCCGUCUACCGUCCCGUCUACAACACCGUCUACAAGAAAGUGCCCCAGCCGUACCAGGUCGUCAAGCACGUGCCCGUCGUCAAGCACGUGCCAGUGGUGAAGCACGUGCCGGUGGUGAAGCACGUGGAGGUGGUGAAGCACUACCCGGUGGUGAAGCACCACUACCGCGAGGAGAAGGUGCCCGUCAAGGUGCCCGUCUACGUCGAGAAGCCCAAGUACGGACACGGCCAUCACUAGUAAAUAAAAGUGAGCACCAUU